AUGGAGAAGUCUUCUGCUGCGGCGGACGGCAUCGCUGGCACCGCUUCCGCCGCCGCCGCUGCCGGCCCGUCCAGCACCAAGACCAACAACACAACUGGUCCCAAUGGCCCGUCAUUACCACCGCCGAACAGCUCUACAACCGAAUGUCAGACCUCGAAACAAUCAUCGGCAGCCAAUUCUGUUGCGCAAUCGCCAGCCGCCUCCAGAGAUGGUUCGCCUUCUCGACAACCUCGUGGAACAACGUCGUCUGCUAAGCAAAGCGGGAGCAGGUCCCGCAAGAAUAGCCAUCAAGAAUUGAGCCCAACUCGCCAAUUAAGACAGGGUAGCCAAGAUCAAGGUGCACCGACCCGAACCUUGUCAUCGAUGACUACCCCGAACCUACGUCCCAGUAACAGAGAAACCCCGAUAUAUGCGCCAACACCACAGAAGCCAUCAGCCAUCCCGGACCUGAAGGAUAACCCGCGGUGGCCAGUGUCUCCACGACUACGAUCACCUCCACCACAACUAGGCCGGCCUAGGGCGACAACUCCCACACGCCGUAAUGAACAAGAGGCUCCAGUGAUCAGUAUUCAACGGCCGAGUCCAUCGCCACACGUCUCAGAUACGCAAGCGCAAGUCUUGGACAGCGACACUGACGACUCUCACGCCCCUUCAGGCGUAAGAACUCCAGCCCGGGGGUUGUUAGAGACUGUCCAAGAAGUGAGCCAUAACAACUCACCUGCACGGCCUAGCGAUUCUGCCUUGCUGGAACAAGUCAAGGAGAAGCUUGGAGCUCCCGACAACCACUCGGACGGUGCCCUUAGUGAUGGGGGCCGUGCCUUGAAAUCGAAGAUGAGCACUGUUAAUGAACAGUAUGGAGCUGACAGCGGCACUAUCAGAGCGGACUCAAGAAGGCCAAGCUCAGUCCCUCCUCCACCCUUGGUAUCCAGACAGUCUAGUGCCAUGUCGGGAAAGCAAACCAAAUCGAAGCCAGAAACGGGUUCUACUCAGAGUAUGACGGUCGAGACUGAGACAGUCUCAAGUAUUCCACAGGUAGCGCUCACGACGGCUACGAAGGAAGGGGGUAAUGCAACGUUAAAAGCCAAGCCAAGCACGGAAACCAUCAAACCUAAGAAGGAAAAGAAGAGGACCGCCAGGAAGCAACCAGCAACAAACGCAAUACUACCGCCUUAUCCUCACCAGGGACUAACAUUUUAUUGUCUGGUAGCCUCUUCCAAAGCCGACAACUUCGAAGCUAAGAUAGCUAGUGCCGUUGAUGAGGCCAAUACUUCCGAUUCUGAGGAGACCUUUGUUUAUGAUUCGAAUCCGCCAGAUAAUACGGAAAGAACGAACCGCCGCUUUCAUUCCCGGACGCCCAGUGCUACCUCCAUGGCUAGUCAAGUGGACCGACAAAAUCUGCGGUCCAUCUAUGGUGUAUUGGAAGGCAGCAGCCACGGACCGGUUGCCAAGAAGAGCAUGAAGUUUGUGAACACCUUUAAUGGAAAUGCUAGUGACAGCCUUACACCGGGGGAUGAAGACGGCAAGGGCAGUGGACGCAGUGUCGGGGGAUCUGCCAGAGGAACAGUGCGACAUCAUCACCACAUCGGUCGAUGGGGUCGACAGCCAGGCAAUGGCCACGCUUCUUUAUUCGAUAACGAGUCUCCGUUUCCUAAUGCAGCCAAGUCAAAAUUUUCCUCAAGCAACAACCUCAACAACUCUCGCAAUACCUCGAAUCCUUCAAGCCCGAGGACAUUCCUGUCUACUCGCGGGCAUUUGAAUCCAAAACGCUCCGCGAUGCAGAUGUCGUCGGGUUACGAUUUAGACGACACUACUGGCGCUGACGAUGAACGCACGCCGCUGCUCGGCACAGCACGUUCUUCACGAGGCGGGCGACGACGUGGACCUCACACACUUCGCCAAGCCGAGUCUCAGACUUAUACAAGGCGGUCAUCAUAUCUCAAUCGCUUCGCUGCAUGUCUUGUGUUGACAAUGAUGCUACUUCUAGUCAUCACAGGAGCUAUUGGGUUUAUGUUUGCCACUUCUCAACCCAUGACGGACAUCGAGAUUGUGUCAAUCAAGAACGUUGUUACAAGCGAGCAAGUGUUGAUGUUCGAUCUAACUGUCAAAGCACACAAUCCCAAUAUUGUUGUGGUUACAAUCGACCACGCAAAUCUGGAGAUUUUUGCCAAGUCGGAAUAUGCUGGAAAUGAUUCAGACUGGCGGAAAUAUCCAGGAACUUCCAAUGAGAUUCAUGCCAGAGAUGACCCGGUGAAUGAUCCACCGAAAGGUCCUGGAGAAGGCGAUGGGGAUGACACCGAUUCUAGGCCUAAUAUUUUAUUGGGACGGAUCACCGAAUUUGACAGUCCACUGACUUUUGAGGGCUCUUUGUUUCAUCAAGGCGCUUCUUCUUCGACAGGAGAGAUGCAACUUCCGAAUCCAGGAAAUGGCACUUCCGGCGGCUCUGAACGAUGGGGUCACAUCUAUCAAAAUGAAUUUGACCUGAUUGUGAAGGGAGUGGUGAAGUAUAGCCUACCACUGAGUGCUCAUAUCCGUAGUGCUACGGUAUCUGGUAGGACUACCGUGAAGCCAAAUUCGGCGAACGAUCCGUCGCACAAGCCGAACAGUACCAUUCUGGGCAUAUAG